AACGUGUUUGCAUGAUUGUCUCCCUUGUCGUGGAAAAUCAAAACAGAAAUCGAUAUUUGUAAACAUUUUAAGGAUUUAAACUGUAUAUUGCACGUGUGCUUGUUUGUUUUUAUGUUCUUAGAUAAAGAUUUUAAAAAUAAAAUCAGAUGUGGUAUGUACAAUUUCUAAAAAUGUAACAUUUUGUUAUAUUUUCACGAACACCUGGAUUGCUGGUUGAGACAGUCAAACAAUGUUUUUGGUGACACAAGCCUAAUGAAAGAUAGGAUUUUAUAAAAUAUGGCAUGGAAUCUAACAGAUGAUACUUAUUUACGAAUUCCAACGAACAAUCCAACUUCUAGUCACAAGUACACUCUCAGUGCAAACAAAGAAACACAUGUAGCUUCAAAUAUACUCUCUAGACUGAAGAAAUUACGCGACGAGGAUGUUCUUUGUAACCUGAAACUCCAUGUCAAUGGUGCCCAGUUUAAUGUCCAUAAAGUUAUUGUGGCUGCAUGGAGUACAAAAUUGGCUAGUUUACUGAUUGCUCAAGAUGACUCUGUGUCAGAUCUUCUGAUACAGUUUGAGCAUAAUCAAGCUUUUUCAGAAUGUUUAGAUUAUAUGUAUACAGGGCACUGCUCGCCAAAUGAAACGAAUGUAUUUCCACUGCUUGAGCUCGGUAGAAGUCUGCUGGUAGAUGGAUUAGUCAAAGUAUGUGAAACUUACCUUCAGAAAUCUGUUAGCUUGCAGGACUUUAUAACAAAGUACUUUAUGAGUUUGAAGUAUGGUCUUAAAGUUUUGGAAGAGAUUGUUGUGGAUUUUAUUGAAACUAAUGUUGCAACUGUUAUAGAGCAAAUCGAUCUGUUGAAUUUGCAGCCACCAGAUUUCCGAACCUUUUUAACCUCAGGAAAAAUGGCACAUGUUAAGCAAGAAGUGAAAUUCUCUCUCAUUAUAAGCUGGGUUGGCUUUAAUAUUCCUGAGAGGGACAAAUACCUCUUGUAUUUAUUUGAUCUUGUGAAUUGGAGGCACUCUGUAAAUGACUUACUUAUUCAGAUAAGUUGUACGCAGAACAUUUUCACGACAAAUGAGUUUUGUCUCUUUCAACUACUUCACAGUCUAGUCACGGCCAUAGGCCAUCAUCUUGGUCCAUUUAUCACUGCAUAUCCUCGUUUGUACUCUGUAUAUUCACACAUGCUUGAAGAUCUCACAUGCCCAAGCGCUUUCCUCGCGGUGGGUCAGUAUCACCAGGAACUGGCACCAAUCACUAUUAGUGAGGUAAUCAAUAAACCUGAAAGACUGAUUCCAAAGGAAACUAAAGACAUGGCUGUAAAUACUGAUUUUGAAUUUGACCUCUCAGCUUUUCAGUCUUCAGUAGUUUCGCCGGAGGAUAAUGAAGUAACUGCAGAUGUGUGCUGUAAAUUAGAUGAUCUGAAAGAAACAGUUGAUAUUAUACCAACAGUGGAACCUUCUGAAGCAGUUGUUGGAGAAGUCGCAGUUGAUUCUGCGGCAAUAGAAAAUUCAGUGUUAAGUGUUAAACAUCGGAGAAAAAGUCUUCCGAGAAAGUUACCUCGUAGAAACGGAAAUAAGGAAGUGAAAGAAAAGAAAAAGAAAUCAAAGAAAGUGAUUGUGAAAGAGAUUGAUGUAAUUAAAGGUGAAAAACAGGAUGGUAAAGUUAACGGUGUUGAUGAAGUGGAUAAAAGUGAAGAGGCGGCUAGCACUGAAGAAAAAGAGGAGAAUACAGUGAACUCUAUUUUAACAAAAAACACAGCUGACACUAGCAAAGAUGUAUCAAAAAAUGUAAAAUCAGAUGUUGAUAAUAAAAAUGUAAGUUGUGAAGUGGAUAAAACUGAUGUAAGGAAAACCAGACUUAAAAUCACAAUUAAGAAAAAGGGUAUCUUGAAAAAGACAAUAGGGUCAAAAAGUCGUAUUAAGGCAAACAGGCCUAAAAAUGCGCCUGUUCCAAAAGAGCCUAGAAAACUGUCAGAAUCUGGAGCACAAAGGGUGCAUUGUACGUAUGAGAACUGUGAGUUUACAGCAAAAGCUGCAGAUGUAUUGGAGAGACACGUUGAGCGUGUGCACAUGAUAAACGUCAACUUGCAAUGUUGGAAAUGUGACUUUUCUGCUCGUGAAAUGAGAGAUCUUUGCCAGCAUUUGAAAGACCACUUUCCGAAGGCGCCGUAUAUUUGUGACGUCGAGCCGUGCUCGACAAGGUUUCUGCGUCUAGGUCUGUUUGUUCGUCAUCACAUGUCGCAUAUGAAACAGAAGCCAUACCAAUGUGAUUUCUGCAUGAAGUCCUUCGCCACAUACAAUCAACUCAGCUGUCAUAAAAAAUUGCAUGAAGGUCGCCAGUUUGAGUGUGAUGUUUGUUUUAAAAAGUUUGGAACAAAGGGAGUAAUGCAGCAGCAUAGAGCUAUACACUUUGACAACAAACCGUACCUGUGUGACUUGUGUGGCUUCUCUACCAAACACCAGUCUCAUCUGAUAUCUCAUAGGAAAAUACACACAGGAGAUGUGAAGCGAUGUACAUUCCCGAAUUGUAACUACUCGACACCAAAAUCAGCUCACAUGACACAGCACAUGAACUCUCAUCUCAACAUACGUAAUCAUAUAUGUCAGGUUUGUGGAAAGUCAUUUGUUGUCAGGGGUAAACUGUUACGACAUGAGAGGAUUCAUCUUAAGGAAAAACUAUUUAAAUGUAAGCAGUGCGAGUAUCAGACGUCAAGGACAGACCGUAUGAAACUUCACAUAGAAAGCCACGGCAUCAAACUUAAGAAGAAAAGUAAAAACAACAUGGCAUCCGGUUACGACUACGACAGUGAACCGGACAUUGAUUUCCAUCAGUUAUACGAGAAAGUUCACCACGAGGGCGAAGAUCAAGGAUUACCAACACAGGUGUCAGUGCCGUCUGCUGGCCAGAUAUCGAAUAUGCCGUUUUUGUCAAUGUCGGAAAUUAAGCCGAUGGAUGUGAUAAGUUUUGCAGCGUCAUCGUCCAUGAUAAUGGAUAAUUAUAAUUCAGCUCGUUUAUCUAUAGAUCCGUUAAGUACGGUAGCGGCUGUGGCUAGUAUAGAUGAUAUUCAAGGAACGUCGGCAUUUCAGCAGAGUUUUGACCGUCUGCAGACGACUGCAUUUGAUCAACUAUGAGAAACAACAGUGUUUAAAUCAACCAUAGAAAAAUGUUUUACUAUGUAAAAUAAUCAGAAUUUGAUCACCUCUAAAUCUUUUUUUUUACAGUUACUUAUUUUUUAGUAAUAUUGAGUAAAAUCUAGGUCAAGGUCAUGGAUAAAUGUCACUUACAUAUGUACUAGAAUCAUGUCAUGCAUUCUUUACAUAAUAUCUAAUGACAAAUUUGUUAAGUUUUUGUAGUGUUUUGUGCUGUUUUUAUACAUUUAUUUUGAUACUUACAGUCAUGUAUUUUACUCCUAUCAUACUUAAAUUGUAUAAUAGAUUUGUUCUGUUUUUGUCUUUUAAACAGCAUUUCUGUUAUGGCAUAGAGAGUGGAUUUGACCUGUUUUGUUGGUGGAAUAGUCAAUUUUUACUAUAAGUGAUUUUGUAUGAAAAAAUAGAUUUAUCCUGUUUUGUCUUUGGAGCAAUUUAUUUUUGUUACUGCAAAGCCAUAAGGAUUUUAUCUGUAAAAAAUUGGAUUUGACCUGUUUUGGUAUUUGGAACAGCUAUACACAGUACAUGAUUACUGUAAAGGAUUUUUAUAUUGAAGAUGCUAAAACAUGAAACAGCUGAUUGUUCAUUGACUUGGUUAUACAAAUUAAAUAUAUAAAUGGAAUCAUGAUAAAAAGGGAGAAUAGGUACAAUGUACACACAUGUACAUAUUAAGGUGAAUGGGUUCAUAUAGUUACUUUAACAAACUAUUUAUACUUUGUUACUUGUGUUUCUUUUAUCAUGCAGUAAAUGUAGCUUUGUUAAUGUUCAAAUUAUUAUUGCAUUUCACUAGUUUUAAUAUUUUUUUUUGAAAAACUUAUUAUUAUUUUUAUGUAUUGUUUUUGUUGGUAGAUGAAUUUUUCCUUACCAGGCUUAAAGUCAAAAUUUGCUUAAAGCUGAUUUUUUUACAUCUCCCAAAGGCUUACCUGACAAAAAAAUCAGCUAUGUCAUUUAUUACAGUUUUUGACUCAUUUUGCAUUUUCAUUUACUGUUUUUAUGUUAUGUAUCUAGAGUUGUUUUGUUGUUUUGUUAAGAUUAUUGUUUUGCAGCAUUGUACAUGUAAUAAGCUCGUCGCACUGUUGACGUCAUGCUUUGCUACUUUAACCAGUCAUUUCAAGAUAAAGCUGUUGUGUGACCAAAACAUACUUUUAUAAUUUUUACGAAAAUAUUUUUUUCUAUGUUUAUUAUUUUCCUUUUUUACAAAAAGUGUAAUAAAUAAGUGAGAGAAAAAAACUGAAGUGAUAGAGAAUACAUUGAAAAGUGAAAAAAAAAACCAACUAGAUACCUGGAUUUGUAAUGGAAAAAUUUGCUUGUGAUUACAGGAGCUUUCUGUACUGAUCAAGGGAAGUAACUACUGUGGGGUGUUAAAUCUUGUUAUCGUAAGUCAUGUAUGUGCAAACUUACAAUGUAUCCACAAAAUAUAUAAUAUGAAUGAGCAGAAGAGGCAAAUUAGCAUUAAUAGACUGAAUUUCUUUUAAAGGAACCCCACUGAGGUCUAAUAGCUUAAAAUCCUAAAAUUUGAAAUUCUUUCAUAAAUCAAAUGGAAAACUAUGUAAUAGAUGAAAUGUAAAUAUACUGCGUAUUAAAUUGAUUAUUUACUAUU